UGUAACCUGUUGCAUAAAGUGGGGCGGUUGGGGGGUGCUGCCAGCAGUGAGGGCUAUAAAGGUAGGUGCAGGAAAAGGCAGCACCAUGCAGCCUCUCUUGCAGCAUCCAGACAGCAUCCAGACCCCAAAGCGAGGAUGACAGCGGUGCUACCAAGCCUGGUGCUGACCCUGCUCUGCCUGCUGCGGGCUGGGGCUGAGGUCCCUGUGCAGCUGGACUUCGACACCAAGAAGUUUGCAGGGAUGUGGCACAUCAUGGCUGCUGUUUCCAACUGCCCUGUGUUCCUGAGCAUGAAGGAUAAGAUGACAUCAUCUGCCACCGCCAUCAGCUUCACGCCGGAGGGACACAUGGCCAUGGAGACAGUCCUCCCGCUGCCAGAAGAAUGCAAAAAGAUUAUGAUGCUGUUCCAGCACGGUGGGCAGGCAGGGCACUACAUCGGCACAGAAAAGGGAGAGAAGAGGGAUCUGCGUGUGAUGGACACAGACUACGAGCACUACGCCAUCGUGUACACCCAGCAGAAAGACAGCCAGGAACCCAGCACCAUGCUGCAGCUCUACACAAGGAAUCAGGACAUGAGCCCACAGCUCCUGCAGAAAUUCAAGAAGCUCUUCCAUUCCGUGGGCCUGACUGAGGACAUGCUGGUUGUGCUGCCACACUCGGAUCGGUGCACCAAGACUCGCAAGUGAGCACAGGCUGAGCAAAGAUGCACAGCCCCUCCAAGUGCCUGCUGACCCCCUGUCCAUCUGUCCAUCCAUCCUGCUUCCCUGCAGCUGAGGGGCUGACACAGGGCUGUGUGUCCUUGGGACCUGGCUCAGUGCCCACUCCGUGCUGCCCCUUUCCACCCCUCCCAGCCUUGCUGCUCUAUGCUGGGAGCACACAUUUCUGCUUGAAAUAAAUAGAUGCAGAAGC